UUUUACUUGCUAAUUCCUGAGGCAAACAACUUCAAGGAUGAGUGAACUGGAACAGUUGCGGCAGGAGGCAGAACAGCUGCGAAGUCAGAUCCAGGAUGCCAGAAAAGCAUGUAAUGACACAACACUUGUUCAGAUCACAUCAAAUCUGGACUGCGUGGGUCGAAUACAAAUGCGAACAAGACGUACACUGAGGGGACACCUCGCUAAAAUUUAUGCAAUGCAUUGGGGAUACAAUUCAAGGCUACUAGUCAGUGCUUCCCAAGAUGGAAAAUUAAUUAUUUGGGAUAGCUACACAACGAAUAAGAUGCAUGCGAUCCCCCUGAGGUCCUCCUGGGUGAUGACCUGUGCUUAUGCCCCCUCCGGAAACUAUGUUGCUUGUGGUGGGCUGGACAAUAUCUGUUCGAUAUACAACUUAAAGACCAGGGAGGGGAACGUGAGAGUGAGCCGAGAGCUACCAGGUCACACAGGCUACUUGUCCUGCUGCCGCUUCUUAGAUGACAGCCAGAUUGUGACGAGCUCUGGGGACACGACCUGUGCCCUCUGGGACAUCGAGACGGCCCAGCAGACCACCACGUUCACCGGGCAUUCUGGAGACGUGAUGAGUCUGUCUCUGAGCCCUGACAUGAGGACCUUCAUCUCUGGUGCCUGCGACGCGGCUUCCAAACUGUGGGACGUUCGCGAUGGCAUGUGUAGACAGUCCUUCACCGGGCACGUGUCCGACAUCAACGCCGUCAGUUUUUUCCCUAACGGAUAUGCCUUUGCCACUGGCUCGGAUGACGCCACCUGCCGGCUCUUCGACCUUCGGGCGGACCAGGAGUUACUGCUGUAUUCGCAUGACAGCAUCAUGUGUGGAAUCACUUCCGUCGCCUUCUCGAAGAGCGGGCGCCUCCUGUUAGCCGGCUACGAUGACUACAAUUGUAACGUGUGGGACACGCUGAAAGGAGACCGGACAGGUGUCCUGGCUGGUCACGACAACCGCGUCAGCUGUCUAGGUGUAACUGAUGAUGGCAUGGCUGUGGCGACAGGCUCGUGGGACAGUUUUCUUAGGAUCUGGAAUUAACCUUGUUGUGCGUAUUUCCUGUUCUCCACUGAUCCCUGGAGAAAUCAAUGCUACAGCCUAUAGCUGUGAAAAAUGUCUACCUUAUAUUUGCAGGUGAAGCUAUUUCUCCUGAGAUUAUUAUACACAAAAAGAAGCUUUCUGUAAAUGACCAAAUAAAAAUGUGUGUGGUGGGGGGCAGGCAAAGGUGCUUGCUAAGAUCAAAAGGAUCGGUGUGUUCAUCUGGGGAGUUUGGUUAAUUUAGCCUUGAACUUUUGCUCAUCCUCAAAGUCCAAAUUCUUUAUUUUGUGUAGAAUAUCACACACAUUCCUGCAGCCAGUGUCAUGUUCGAUUGUAUGCAUUUGCAUUGUUUUUUAAGAACUCCUAUGGUAACUUGGUAAGCACAAAGAAUGGCCUAUCUCUGAGUUUUGUGAUGGUCAAACCAGGCACGGUAAUAGUGGGGCGGGGUACUCUAUGUUGAACUUACAUGUGAAGAGAAUCCCUGUGAAUUAUGACCAUCCUCUUUAAUCUGAAAGAGAUCAGGAUCCAGUGCAGUGUGAGUGCUGGCAGGUCUAGAUGCUCUCAGGUGGGUGCUUAGGAUAAUCGUGACUUCCCGGCAUACCCCUUGCCGUCCGUCAGUCUCCAUCAGUGCUAACUGCUCUGAGGACCAGGGUGUAGCGCUUGCUCUGGGCCAUCUUUGGCACACUUCAGGAACUUUAACCAGAAGACACUGUAUUGAGAAGUAGAGAGCAGUGGCAGCACAUACAUGGGCCUGGGGAAUUUUCAAAGGCUGGUUAUGAUCAAAGACAUUUGAGUAACCCUCCGAAUAGCCAUUUUUUGGGGGUGUUCCUUAUUGAUUGCAUUUUUCUGAAACUGAGUUAGUAGGCCACUCAUGGCCCACACAUCUGGUCAGUAUUCAGAUGAUCACUGCAUCUGCAGACUCUUUCCUAAAUUUCUCUGUCAGCAUACUUCCAAGUGGGGAGUCCAGUGCAGCAGUGUUGUUUCUGAAAGGUGUUAAGUUUAACCAGUCCCUAGCCCUACUUUGUCUCAUGAUUUUUAUGUCCGUGCAAUUUAAAGCCUGAAUGGACGUAAAAGAUCUGAGCCUUCACAUUUCUUAAAAGGAAGUAUUGAAGCUUUUUGCUAUUGAGUGAGAUUUCUUCCUUUAGCACAAAAGAAUGCUUUCUGAGGGGUUUUGCUUCAGAGUGCCCAGAUCUCUGCCUCACCUUAAAGCCUAAAGAAAAGCUCGUGAAACACUACGCAGAGUCUCAGCUAUAUGGUGGAAUCCCUAUAGUGGUCAAUAGUAUAAUGUAUCUGAACGUUAAGCAAUUUUUCUCCUUGGAUUGUGUCUUAUAAAUAAAUCUUCAUGAUGGAUA